UAAGUGGAAGUUGCUGCAAAAACAGGUUCCUAAUUCUAAUGACCAAGACCAAAAUCAAUGGAUUGGUUAAACACUCCUUUGGACCUAGGCGCAAAAACAUGAUGUCUUGAAGCUUGGAGCAGCCACUUUUCCAUUCCAUCAAAGUCCCUUCAAACCUGUGACCUGCAAAGAGAAAAUAGCUUAUUUUAAAAGCACUUUUCAAAAGAACUUAGAGAGCUGAAAAACAACUAAAUGAAUCAUUCCGUUUGAACCUUUAUCCAUAAGUUUAACCUAAGCAUCCAAAAAGCGCUUUUGACAUUAACUUAAAACAGAAUAAACUAAAUCCCACAUAAUCUGGGAUGAGAAAUUCAAGAAAGAAAGGAGUUUCUUAAGACUUAAUCUGGUCUUCAUAAAUUUGGAUGAAAGGUUAACAUAGAGACAGAUCAACAGUAAGAGAUUUUUUCAAAAGAAACUCUAAACACAACAGCAAGAACAGCCAUAAACGCAGUAAAAGCUAUUUUUCAAAACCCAAAAUCAAGAACAACAUAAACGCAGCAAAGCUAUUUUUUUUCAAAAUCCUAAAAAAUGAAAUAGAAGAAUGAGGCUUAUCUGGAGACAGGGGGCAUCAUCGCCGACAACUUCAUCUUCUUCUCCUUCCAACAAAUCGACCACUCACCCUUCACCACCACAACUCAACGAUAUCACCCGUCUUCACCUCCGAUCAAAUCCAUUCUACCGGACUACCACCUUUCGUUUCUUCUUCCGCCGUCACAAACCCUUGCGUCCCCAAUUUCCAUCUCUUCCGGCGCAAAACCUAAUCCAGAUGCAGAUCUUCGUCAAAACCCUGACGGGGAAAACCAUCACCCUCGAGGUCGAGUCUUCCGACACCAUCAACAAUGUCAAAGCAAAGAUCCAAGAUAAGGAAGGAAUCCCAUCGAACCAACAACGACUGAUCUUCGCCGGCAAACAGCUAGAAGACGGCCGCACUCUUGCUGACUACAACAUCCAGAAGGAAUCCACACUCCACCUUGUUCUUCGUCUCCGUGGUGGAGCCGAGAAGCGUAAGAAGAAGACCUACACCAAGCCGAAGAAGAUUAAGCACAAGCAUAGGAAGGUGAAGCUAGUUAUUCUUCAGUUUUACAAGGCUGAUCAUUCUGGGGAAAUUUUGAAGGUACGAUCUGAAGCUUUUGUUGUAAAACCUAAUUAUGUUGGUGAGACUUGGGCCUUUGGCCCAAGCGAUUUUGGCCUGCGUGUACACUCCCUAAAUGCUACUGCAUCCCAUCCGAUUGGGCUCUGA